AUGGAGCAGAACUGCAACGAUGGCGUCUUAUCACUGAACCAGGUGCCUGACGAGAUCAUCGGCCAUCUGCUGUACUAUCUCUCGCCCCACGAUAAUCUUUGCAACAUCCAGCUGGUGUCACGUCGUUUCUACCACCUUGCCAAUGAACCCCUUCUCUGGAGGCACCACUGCCGCAGCUCUUUCAAGUACUGGAACCCGCGGCACAGGUUUUAUGAGAAGACGGCGGCACUGGCUCAAGAGACGAACUGGAAAGAGCUUUUCAUCUUCAGAAGCGCUCGCAACCGGCAAAUAUCCGCCUUGUUGGAUGAGAUCAUCCGGACCAAGGUUAACCGCGUAAGAGGCUUCGAAAUCAUAGGCCAGAUCGGUUAUGAUGCCAAAGAUUUUCUUUUGGAACAAUGCCAAACACCUCCUUCUGCUGAAGAUGGCUUGGCCAGAAGAUACUAUAGCAAUGGGCUCUUAGACACCAUCCACAAGCACAUCGCCAUUCAAGAAUGGCAGUCGCUCAUGCUAUCUUCCCAGCCGCCUAGCAUACGGCUGGCAGGCGAGCAGCUCGAAAGAGCUCUUGGCGCCUUUGACCUCUUUGUGCUGCACGAUCAGCGUGGUGACCUCGAUGAUGUACUGGAUAAGAUUACACGGAUGUUUGAUGAGAUGACGGCCUCUUUUCGAUCUUGCCACCCAAAGUUUCAAAACUGGUCAACUCGGAGAAAGGCAUUGAAGCUGGUCCGCUGGCUUCGUGCACAUAAUUUCACCGGAGUACAGGACCCAGAGCGAAACUAUCGCAAUUUGAGAAACUGCUUAAUCGGACAAGCAUUGCGUCACCCAGACCACGAGUCCAUCCCAAUCAUUUCUACCGCCAUAUUCUGCUGCGUGGCAUCUCGACUCGACAUCGAUGCGAGGUGUUGUGCAUUUCCAACUCAUGUACAUGCCAUUGUGUACCCACCAACUGGAUAUGCUUUAGACGGCGGGCUUGUGGAGGAAUUGGAGACACAGCCCCAGCGCAUGUACCUCGACCCGUAUGGCAGCGAUCACGAGAUCCAACUGCCAUAUCUGCAACUGACGUUGACCCGCCUAGGGUUGCAGGAGCACGCCGGACUCUUUCUUGCCCCAGUCCCGGCGCUGAUGAUGGCUAUGCGAACGGCACAGAAUAUAAGGGCUACCUUAGCGAGGAUAUCAGACAUGCAAGACCAUGCACAUCCUGAACUCAGCCAACUCAUGCACGGAGACAGUAGAAUGAAUGCUGAUGCCUGUCUUUACGCUGCUUCGUGGGCUACGUUACUGUUAACGCCUCCGAAUAACUCCACGUGGCUUGAACGGUUGGCCAAAUUCCUACGUCGAUUCCCUGGGGCCUGGCCAGAGGACGUUUGGAUGGUUGAAAAAUACCUGUGGCCGUUGUAUAGCAGCGUUGUCAACCCGAGAGAUGGAUUUCCCCGCAAUAUUGAUGCUGGUUUCGGCAACCCGUGGCAAUUUUGGCAGUUUGUACGAGAUGCUGAUGGCAUGGCCCCGCUCGUUCAUCGAAGAGAUCUCUGCGAUGAUCCAAGAGGCCCUCCGUUUCAGGUCGGCCAAGUGUUUCGGCAUCGUCGAUAUGGCUGGCUUGGCGCCAUUACCAGCUGGCAUGAAAGAGGGUCGCAGCAAUCAAGCUUACGGGAAGGUUCUCACGAUGAUUUACUCCGGUACACUCACAGCCCCAGGCCAACCAGUUCUCACUACUCACUCUGCUUUAUGUGCAUAACUGAAACGGAGCCCGAACAGCAUGUGGUGGCCCUGCGUAAUGUUGAGCUCAUCUCUGAUCCUUCCCUGAUUCGGGAAGGCAUGUUUCCCUUGGCAGGGAAAUUCUUCAAAAGAUUUGACGUCGAGACCUGCAGGUUCAUUUCCAACAUCCGAGAGGAAUUCCCGCUCGAUUAG